AACCAGCCUUUUUUUCGCUUUUUCAACCUAAACCCUUCCAACCCUUUACGCACCAGCGAUGAAGUUCACGACAAUCCUCUCUGCGCUCGCCCUCGGCGCAUUCUCUCAGCUCGCCGGCGCCGUUCCCGCGCCUGCGCCCGCCGCACACCACGCCCGCGACGUCUGGGACCCGCACAUGACGUACCCGACGGCCGAGACGGUCUGGCAGUCUGGUCAGACCUACACCGUCACCUGGGACACCUCGGAUGCGCCCGUGAACAUCACGAGUGGCGACAGCGGCUUCAUCCUCCUCCGCUCUGGCGAUUAUGAGGGGCCUCUUGUCCUCGCGUACGGCAUCCACCUCCGUGACGGACAGGCCCAGGUGACUGCCCCGGAUGUCAUCACCGGCAGCGACUACAGCCUGGUCUUGUUCGGAGACUCGGGCAACUGGGGUCCUGAGUUCACGAUUAACGGCCCGAUCACGUUUUGA